AGGAUGAUCGCAGAGCACGCUGCCACCGAAAGAAUUCAAUGGCACUUCAACCCACCUGCCUCACCACACUUCGGAGGCAUCUGGGAAGCUGCAGUAAAGUCAACAAAACAUCAUUUACGCCGAACGAUCGGGGAGACGCUUUUGACAUUCGAAGAAAUGUCCACCCUCCUAGCUCAAAUAGAAGCCUGUCUCAACUCAAGACCGCUCUGCGCAAUGAGCGACGACCCAGAUGAUCUGAACAUACUGACUCCCGGUCACUUCCUAAUCGGCUCAGCCCUAACGGCCCUCCCGGAGCCAGCAAAGCUCGACAUCAACUAUCAUUCCAAGUGGGAACACAUCACGAAGAUGAGAGAUGAUUGUUGGAAUCGAUGGCACAAGGAAUAUCUGAACGAACUCAACCAAAGAACAAAAUGGCACUCAGCAUCCCAAGACAUCCAAGUAGGGCGACUCUGCCUCAUACGGAAUGAACAAAACCCCCCUUCCAGAUGGCUGCGCGGAAGAGUAAAGGCCGUGCACGCCGGGGACAACGGCCUCAUUCGCACAGCAACUGUCAAAACAGCAACAAGCGAAUUCACGCGACCAAUCGUGAAACUAGUCCUUCUGCCUGGACCCAACAGCGAAGCUGAUGCCACCUCAUUGCCACGGCCAGUGGCAAGGCGGGCGGAAUGUUCAUAAUACACUGCGCCGCCGAGAGAGAGGGAGAUACCGACGAGUGAGCCACGAGGUUCGCGCGAUCCACGA